GGCAGAACCACUUUGACUCCAACUCAACUCCCCCACUUCCCCAAUUCUAAAAUCAAUUCUAUCCACCAAAAUGACAACCACAAUUCCCAUUCAACUCCAUCACAUACAGAGACAUACAUAACCUGCACCUCCAAGCGCCACACAAAGUACCUCACAUCCGACAGCUACAGCUACACCACACCACACUAAAUCCUACACCACACCUACAGCAAGCUACAGCACAGAUCAAAUCAACCAUGCCCCACAGCAGCGCCCGCACCAAAAGCAAGAACAAGAACACCAUCUCCAAGCGCCUCGAAGUCACCUCCGACGACGGCUGGACUCACGUCACCACCACCCACAAAGGGAAGAAUGCCCGUCGCCAGCAGCGAAAACCUGCCACAGAGGAUUCAAAUGCGAAUGCCCAAGAUGAAGAUAAACAGCGCUUCCUCGUCCCCGCCGAAGCACCGCGCAACUUGAACCUGGAAAAUCUCACGGCGCAAUUCGAGACGUAUCGCGAGAAAUGGAUCGGGUCGGCGACGUGUCGCGUGCUGAGGGAGACGGUGCAGGCUGCUCUCUCUGCGUCUGUGGAUGAUGAUGACGAUGAUAAAAAGGCAAUUGAGGUGAAGAAUAUCAUCUGCAUUGGACUCGGAAGUCCCAGUGGGUUUCUUCGCGGGGGUUGGGUCGAUCGGAGAAGUGUCUCCAUGUACCAACUCGCUGCAUUGACGACAACUAUAGAUCUAAUAGAUAAAGAAAUCCCAAUCUACGCCCAAGACCCCGUAUUCAACACCCUCGACAAAUCUCUUCUCUCCUCCCUCGGCGUCUCCGUCCUCGAUCACCCCGCCGCCUUCGACCUCGUCUCCCCACAUUCCUUCCUCUACUGCCCCGGCGCAGAACGAUCGCAUCUCGAACAAUUACUUCAACAUCGGCCUCGUCUGCUCUUCGGUGGUCCGCUCGAGGAUACCGAGUCCGAGGUGUUGAAUCGGUUUUGUGCGGAGACCGAGUCGAAACGGGUACCUGUGUUUGAGCUGCUGGAACAUGCCUUUUGGGAGAUGAGGGUUUAUCAUGGGUAGACGUGAAUAUCAAUAUGAGUAUACGGAUGGAUAUAUAUUGCAUGGGUUGGAGUAUACAAGGAAUGGAAUGAUUUGCAUAUCUGCAGAAACAAAGUCACAUUUUAAUAGCCAUGUCCAACACGUAACGAACCAUAAACAUCCUUGAAAGAAGGCCCCACGCUAUAUACACACAUGCAAUUAAGCAUAAAAAGAGCAA